GGCGUGUCUCGUGGACGUGCUCCAGGGAUGAUCUAUUUAAAGUUCAGGCGCUCCAUGAGCUCCACAAACCUUUCCAUGUUGCUAUCCAGUGCACGGACCAACCGCGCAUUUGGAACAGAACGCUCGCUCCGCACAGAGUCUUGUGCAGUUCGCGACAGCUGGCCUUUGAACUGAAAUCAGAUAGUCCACCAAUCAAAGUUGCAAAUGUUGAAUUCACCAUUGAAUUGGAACCAGUAGUCCGAUACGACUGUACAUGUAGCCUACUUGAAAAUUGCGCAUUGUUCUUCAAGAUCUGCAAAGUUGCAGCUACAUCAGUGGUCCUCAGCUCCAGACAUGGGUGUGAAGGUGCUCCAGUGCUUCCCCUGGUACAGACGCUGUAAAGAGCGAUGCAAGGCUAAACAGUGCCCCCCAUCUGCAGUCCCAAGUGAGGAGAUGAAGCCCCGCCUGUCGUCCACAGUGUCGUGUGGUAGCGAGGGCGAGAGCAGCAGCAGUCUGAGUGGCUCCCAGAUCUACUUCUCCACCAAGGCUCGCCUCUCCUUCAGACACCAGAUGGACAGCAACUUCAACGCAGUGGAUGCCACCUGCUGAAUAGAUCAGCCCCGACGUGCCGAGUAGUCUUCAUUAGGCAUCAAACGGAAGAAAAGGGACUGAAAUAGGGAGGGAAUACCUGGGCUUGUCCGAUAAGAAGCGCUUCCGUUGUGAAACAUUUUUUGCUACGGUGUACCCUAAUGAAUACGACCCUGGCUUACAGUGCUGGGAAUGACACUUUAGUUUCUACUGAGGCAUCCCUCCUGUCAUCAUCACCAUUGCCCAAAAAUGAACUCUCGCCCCUCCACUAUGAUAUCCAUUAUUAUAGCUCAACAGACCAUAGAAUGUAAAGGACUGAGACUUGAUCUACUCAGUGGUACCUAUGUACUCGACGUUCGUUCUCAACUCCCCUUCAGAAGUGACUGUAAAGGAUGGAUAUAUCACAGUAGAUUGAGUUCUUCACUAGAGAAAUGCAGAAUGCACUGCUGGUGUGGCUAGUAGAGAUGGAAAAAUGUUUACUACAUCAUUACCAGCCAAGUGCAUCAUUCUCCUUUUCUUUUGGGAGGAGGGGGGGGGGCAGGUAAAAGACCACAACUGCAAAUUCAAGUCUUUUAAAAUACUAGCUGUUGAAUACAAGAACAUGUGUCACUCCCAACUUUAAAUACAGGCUUUUUUGUUUUUAUCCUAACUUGCUGAGAAAAACAUGGUAACUAGAUUUUGAUUGGUUUGGCUGAUGAAGAUACUAAUGAGUUUGUGCCUUUUAAACUUACCUUUUGAACAUUUCCUCAAUUAAAUUCAGUUUGGUGCUGGCUGUCUUCUUCUA